UAACGGCUCGUAGUUGUUCCCUGAAUCGAUACACGCGCAGUGUUGUUUGCCACACACUAUAAAAAUGUUGCCGAGCCAGUCGCUUUUCACGGGCUUUCAGAGAAUGUCAGAAACCGGGCAACGAACGUUGCAGUGCCGUUCCGUCGCGGUUCGAGCAGACGACAAGUGAAAAAGAAACCGACGGAGGGAGGACUCUUCAAGGCGGACGACGAGGAGGAGGUGUCGCACGGAACGUGUGCGGCUGGAAAUUCGAGGGCUCUCGUGUUCGUGGCUUCCCUGCAUCGAUUUCUGAGACACAUGCCGCGCCGCGCGCAAAACCCCGCUCUGUUCUUUGGUGCAAUGUGAUCUCGCAUUUAAACGAACGUGGAAGUGUUGAUUCUCGGCCAUCGUGGAGAACCGAUUACCAGUGCGCUGAAAUUGGACCUCCGGAGGGGUGACCGCCGCCGCCGGUUUGAGCCUACUUUCCCCACUGAGGGAGGAAUAGCCUGGGGCUGAUGGAGACAUCUUAAUCAAAUUACGAAAUACCGACGGUUCUUUUCGCAAGGAAUUCGGACGGUGUCGACGACGAUUCCUCUGGACAGUGAACGAACAGUGAGAUAAUAUGUCGAUUAAAUGUCCUUCAAGUGGACCUCCGGUAGCACUGACGGUUCCUCCAGGGGCAUCGUGCUACCGUGAUAACAAGGUGGCAUUCAUUUCCCGUCAUGGCACGACAGCUUGAUUUCAGUAUGUGUAAUCGAUAAGCUGAUGAUCAACGCACUCCGAUAUUCUUCGACCGUCGUUAGCGACACGUCUGCUAUAAUACAAUUCGUGACGAGGACAAUACCAAGGGAAGAGACAUUCAGAAGGUGUUGCGUUUCCCGAGAACCUUUUAUUAACCAGAUGGUUUGUGGCAGUAAUGCCCUCGUCGGAGGAGGAAAGUCAGUGGCUCGUUGGCAGCGGGGGUGGUCCCGCAUCUACCGGCGGUGGCACGGCAUCCGGAACUGGAGAACGCACUGUCACAAUUAGAGGAGGAUUAUACACCGAGGAAAUGACGACACAACCGACAAACACGAGCACCGCAGGUGUGAACGCGGCUUCCGCCGAUUCCGCCGAACACGAUCUCAUUGACUCCACCGCUGACGCGACGCUUUUGGCACAAUUUCACGAAGACGCUAUCAAACAGGCUGGUAUUGGUUACUUUCAAAUAUUGGCUACUCUGUGCACUGGCUUGAGCCUUGCAGCAGACACUGUUGAAUUUUUUGUUGUACCAUAUAUUUUACCAAGUGCAGAAGUUGAAUUAUGCAUCGAGGACAAUGAGAAAGGAUGGCUUAGCAAUAUUACGCUGAUGGGUCUAGCGUUAGGUGGAUUAUUCUGGGGUGGUCUAGGGGAUAGAAUUGGAAGACGUAGAUCAUUGUUAUCCGCAAUGUCUGUACAUGCUUUAUUUAGUGGUGUUGCUACUUUUAUGCCAACUUAUGGCACAUUUAUGAUGGCUAGAUUUUGUUCUGCAAUAGGAGUAGGAGGAUCUUUACCACUGGCAUUCACAUAUCUUGCUGAAUGCUGUCCAAGACUAAGCAGAGGUGGUUGGGUAGGUUUUCUUGUGGCAGCAGGAGCACUAGGAGGUGUUUAUGCUGCUCUGUUAGCAUUGGCAAUAGUUCCCACAACUGGUGAAAUGGUGGUUCUUGAAAAUAAAGAGCACUUCAGUGCUUGGCAUCGUUUUCUUCUAUUUUGUUGGUUACCUGCAUUAUGCUCUACUGUUGGACUUAUUUUUAUACCAGAAAGUCCAAGGUAUUUGGUAGAGGCAGGCAGAGAUGUGGAGGCUAUGAUGGUUUAUCAGAAAAUAUAUAAGAAAAACAAUGCACGAAAAGGAGCAACAGGUGCACAAUAUCAGCUGUCUGAAUUGGAGCUUCCAACUAAAAGGCCUCGUGGUUUGGCACCUCCUUCUCCUACUAACCACACUACUGUAAUGGCUGAUAUAAUUUAUUCUAUUGAAAUGUUUUGGAAUUCUUUUCUGGAAUUAUUUGUAUCGCCGCAUUUACGCGUGUCGAUAGUGCUUAUAAUUAUUUGGUCAACUGUGUCAUUUGGUCUGUAUGGUCUUAUGGUAUGGUGCCCUGAAUACCUCAAACUUAUACGUGCAACGGAAUAUAAAGCUCAUACAGAACGGUAUAACGGAAAAGAAUAUAAAAACGAGACAUUCACUGGUUCCUUAGAGAAUCGUCAAUACAGAAAUUCGACCUUUUUUAAUUGCAAAUUUACUAAGAUAGUAUUCAGCCAUGUAGAUUUUGACAAUUGUACUUUCCAGGCUGUAGAAUUUAGUAGUAUAAAGUCCAGUAAAACUCACUUUACGGACAGCGAAAUUACAUUUUCAAAAUUUGUGGAUACUGAUUUAUCUGAGCAAGUUUUUACGAACUGUAACUUGAAGAACAAUACAGAAUUAAGUUUAAGUGGACCCUGCCCGACUCUCGAUUUGGAUUACAAUAUUUAUAUAGAGGAAGCACUCCAUGGUCAUCUCGUUGCUCAACUGGCCUUUGUGCCUGCAGCUGCUCUGGCAGGACUAGCACUUAUUAUACUUCAGCGGCCAAAAAUGAUUCGCAUCUCACUAUUCUUUUCUUCGGUAGCUGCCCUAUGUCUAAUUCUAGUGGGUACGAACAGUUCGGCUGUUCUUGGCUUCGAAGGUGGUUUCGUGGCCGUUUUCGCUAUCGCUUGGACGUCACUUACGUUGGUCACAGUCGAGAGCUUCCCUACACAUUUGAGGUGUACUGGUUUCGGUUUGAUAGCGGCUGUUAUAAGAAUAUCAGGUUUGAUAGGAACCACAACUUACAAAACUUUAGUCGGCGCACCCUUAAUUGCGCCUGCACUGUUGACUGCAUUGCCCUUGUUAAUAGCUAGUCUCACAACGUUCAAAUUGCCUCACACUCAUACAGUUUUCUUAUAAGGAUCUUAACGAGUAAGUGGAUGAAAGAAGAAGGGUAAAAAAAAGAUACAAAGGCACGCCGUGUGACAACAAAAAGGAAGAGACGUUUUUAAUCAAUAUUUUAAUGGAUCGUUUAUGAACUGCGCUAACGUUUUACAUGAUUAACACACUCACGGCAAGAAAAAUUCGGUCAAGACAUUGCGUCUUGAAGUACUCGGAAAGAAAUCGAUUUCUACCUAGAAAGGUCUGAAGAGAAAAACCGUAAGUGAAGUGUUCCGGACAAGUGCAAAUUUUUCAAUUUGCAGUAAGCAAUCAGGAGAAAACGAAAGAUUCACUUUUUUCUUCUCUUUUUUUUUAUUUUCCCUUUUCUCUUCAACUUGGAAGUGUGAUUUCGUACAAAGUGACAUAUCCUAAAACUAGCAAACGGAUGAAUCGUGGUUUUCGAGGAGAUAGAAAGGUUUCAAUAUCCAAAGCGCACAGACACCGAUGAGUAAGUCGUCUUGUACGCUAGGAAAAAAGCUUGGACGUUCUACGAGAAUUUUCAUACAAGUGUUUUAAGCAUCAACGAAGGUUAUUGUCAUAGCUGAAAACAAAAUAACUUAGGAGAGAAGAGGAACGACAAGUCGUAUUACUGAAAUUUGACGUAAGACUUGUACUCCAAGAUUAUGCUCCAUCUUUAAAGUCAACUUCAAAGUCAACUUCAAAAUCAACUUCAAAGUCUAAUGCAGUUGCGCGAUCCCUUCGAAGGUCGUGAACUGUGCAUGGAUGUUUAUAAAACUAUUUUAAUAGGGCGAUAGCCGUGAAACGUGUCAAUUGUAACUGGAUAUGUUAAGAGGCUGAAAAAUCAUCGUCUACAAUGAUACGUCGUAACAUGAAGGAUUGAAGGACCGAUACCCACGUGAACGACGUGGAGAACGCAUUUUUCGAUAUCCGGAUAGACGAGUUGCUGAAUAUUAUCCGUAAAACAAACAUAUAGAUGUUUUUUCCGUUCAUUGUUAGACUAGAGAAGCUUGCAUAAUUCCAGAGUCGUUGCGUUUCAAACGGUUCGUUCGAGCAAGUUUGUCAAGGACAGUAUGAUAGAAAAUUUUAUAUACUUGCAAUCACUGCAUAAUGCUUUUACUAUUCGAACCAAUCGGGAUAUAUUCUAAGAAAAUAGGCAAGACCCGAAUAACGGUUUUUCUUACUGCGGGGAAAGUAAUCAAGAAUAUAUUCAAUAAUUUUUGCUUUUUAUCGAUUCAAAUAGCUUUCAGGAAUUUUAGAAAUUAGGCUCAGCUAACGAAGAGAGGCAUUAUCCGUAUUAAAGAUAAAAGAGCUGCCGUACAAAUCCUAAAUUGUUAGCCGAAGACUAAAAAAAGUGAAAUAGAAGCUGGCGCUUCGUUUUUAGUAUAAAUCCAAGAGAUUAUCGCCUCUAGUCAACUUUUAAUCGUCUUUAAGCUUUUAUUAUUCGCGAUGAACUUGACAAAAAAAAAAAUGAAGAAGAAGAACACGUCGAACCUUCUGAUACUUGCAAACGAGGUAGACUAUUAUUUUCUACGAGACGGUGGCGGCUAUUACUGGAGGUGGUCGCUGUUACAUUUAUGAAAAAAAAAACAAUUUUGCUAGAAUUUUAAUGUCGUCUUGGGACGACGAGCCAAAGUUAAACAAAAAAUACUGGUUCCUCAGAAUGGACAACUACUCCUAGGCAAUAAGAGCGUAAAAUAACUUUUACGAAGCGAUUAUUGAGGUAUCUCAUUCUUACCGACACUCAAGAUAUAUUAACUAAGUAUAUAAGCGAGUUUAUUAGCGAGGUAUUAAAAAAAAAACAACAAACUGCUGUUGGCAAACUUAAAUCAGAUACAAAAAUUAACGUCCCAUCAUGGUUAGUGAAUUUUUUCAUAUCAAAUUGUUGGCAUCUAAUUUAUUGAGGAUAAAAUGUUAAUGUUGCGGAUCGAUCGCCGUUUGAAAGAAGUAGAAACGAGUCGAAAGUGCUCCGUUGACUGCACAACUUUUUACGCUAUUCUUUUCUUUUUCAGUAAUUCAUUGUCAAACAACGUGGUCGCUUCAGGAACUAGAAAAUGCUGCUCGUUCCUACUUCUAUAAGCUGUAUUCACAAAUUCAACAGUGAAACGAGCAUGUGCUGGCGUUGUAAUUAGUGAUACAAAUGUGAAAAUUCAUGUUAGGUGUUGACACAAGCAAGCACGGCGCGUACACAAUUUUAUUGAAUAUAAAUUAUCCUGUGUCUACGCUAUGUUAAGCGACAGAUUUUUCUCCUUUGUCACACAACAAAACGACGUAUUUUAAAAGCUGAUCAUUUAUUUUAGCCUUACUUGAAAUUGGGACCACUUAUAGACGCUUAAUUUGAGCACAAUCACGACGAAUCUUGCUUCUAAUGAUAUCUCUAUUAGAUAGUGGAAAGAAGAAGUUGUUAACACUUCGACUAUCAUAUCAAACAUUAAUGAUUAGAUCGCGAAUUUUAUGCAUUUAUAACUAUGAGUGAGUGAAAUAUAAAGCAGUAAAAACUCCAGGAGAAUUUAUAUUGUUUCAAAAAAAUGUUUAUUUUGCAUAAAGAUUUAUAGUUUAUUAAUGAUACAAAAAUUGAACAGUGUCUAUUUCUACGAAAUAUAAUAUCUUGUUGUAUGAGAAACGUUGGGAAUACAGGGCUGGCAGUCAAUGUGUUAAUUAAGCUUUUUGUUUUUAAUAUCAAUGAAAAUCGCCGGCACAAGCAGUUUCACAUUAUAAAUUGUUGCUACAGCAUUAAAUUCAUUGUUGCCCGUAGGUAAUACACUUUACUCAACAUAUCACUUAUGAGCGAGCACUCUAGAUUCGUAGGCUUUAACUAGACUAUUCGACUAGACAUAUUUAGAAGUAUGUAUCAGCAAACGUAAUGAAGAUGAAGUCCCAAAUUGAUAAAAUAGCAGUGUGUGUGUGUACGCGCGCGCGCGAGAAGGCUGUUAAGGUAUUGUCCUUUAAGGAUUACGUUUUAGAAGUUUCUUCUAGCGAGCUCAGUAAAGCGAUUAACAAUUGAUAAUUUGAUUGUGCACGGAUUGAUUAUCAGCUGAUCAAACCCCAUGAUUGCAGCUGUUGAGAAAUUUUGUUUUAAUGAACCGAUAAAUACUCGAACGCUGACAAAUUGUCAUUAAGUGCAAUAUUAUUUUUAAUUGUUUCUUUUAUCAACAACUGACUUUAUAGCUCAAACUACUGUCACUGCACCAUUGAACAAUUGGUUUGUUAAUUAUUUUAAGCAGAGCGUUCUAUACAGACUGAAAACAGCAAUCGGUUGAUAAUCACUGUGUAUUUAUUUUCUAGAGACUGUUUCCUAACACUUAAAUUUUUAAUGUUUAAUUAUUUAUGUAGGAUUUUAGGAAAAAAAGGGAACGCUGCGAUCUCGAAAUUCAUAGUUCGACUUUUUCUAAUUUCCCAUGGCUCUUGAGGGUUUGACAUAUCCUAAUCUUACACUUGACUAUCUUGCAAGAAUAUUUCUUAUUCAAAUAUCCUGACAUUGUGAUGAUCACUAUACCCUCUAUUCCGAUCGAGCCGCUAAUUUGAUUUUACGAAAAAGUGGGAACUUGGAUCUCAAGAUUUAUAGAUCUUUUGCGAUUUUUUCUAAUUUCCUACGCUUCUCUUAAAGGUCCUGAUCCCACAUUUAUGGGAAAUAAUGGUAUAUAGUCCAGUGAUUGCGAGGAAACCAUCCAAAUCGCUGGUUUCAUGGGAAUUUAAUUCUGGUUGCACAUUCUGCUGAAUAUAUCUUACGAGAUUUGAAUAUUUCUUUAAGGCAAGCAAACACAUUUUUGAUUCUCUUAUUAUCCUACUCACGAGGUACGAGAAAACAUAUCCUGCCAAAUUACAAUAAUAUUACUUGUAUGCAAUGUUUCUGAAUUAUAUAAUUGAUUAAUGUAUUUCUAAUUAAAUCUAUUUUUCUAAUUUUGGAGUCGUGUAAGAAUAGAAAGCAAUAUGAUUCAACAAAUUAUGCAACCAGUACUUAAAGAAAAAGACAGUUUAUAUAAUUAUUAAGAAAUAUUACACAUUGUUCCAGCAAUUGGAUUACAGAAUAUUGUACAUUAACAUUGGAAACAUUCACACCAUUUAAUAGAAGAUAUUGAUCGUACUAUAGAAACAGAUUUCCCCUCUUACAUGUUUAAUUGAUUUUAUUAAAACAUAUUUCCUUUUUACUACUUAAAUGUAGUCCUCCUUUUUUCUUUAACAUUCACGAAUCCGUCUUCGCAGAUUAAUACAAUAUUACGAUAACGAUAAGAAGUAAAUAUAAAAAUAAAUUUUAAUACCUCCAACUACUUCUACAAGCUAGAUGUGCAAGCUUGUCUCAAGUAGUUUUUUCAAAAAAAGGUAAUGAACAACUGCAAAUGAAUUAGACUAUUAAAGAUAAAUGUAGUAAUCUAUAUUGCAAAUGAUACAUUGUUAAAAUUUGACAGCAAUGUACAUAUAAAAAUACUAUUUAAACUAGUAAUUAUUAUUAUGUUGUAUAUAUCAAUUUGAAUUCAAAGUUUCAAAAGUUAUCGACUGUCGUAUCACGUUAGUUCGAGAAUCGAAAUAAAGUCGUUUCGAGAAUCGAA